AUGACUCAAACAAAAUUUUAUCAACUGAAAGAAAGGCUACAAUGCAUCUGGUCCAGCGUUUUUGGCCUCUACACGACCAACAACACUAAAUGCUGGAAGGAAAAACUCCUCCUCAUCUUUACCUGCUUUACCAGCAGCCUCAUUCUGAGCACCUUCCUCUUCCUCAUCCUCCACUUUUCCUUCAAAUGUGUUCAGGAAGUCUCAAUUCCCAUUGCCAGUGGCUUUUGUAUAUUUAUAACCCCAUUCAUGUAUUUCUCAGAAAAGAUCCGCUGUUUUGUAGCUUUGCUUUUGGUAUCAAUGGGCUUGAAACAAGCGAGGACCCUUCUUCUCACAUUUGGAUCCAGUUUAGUAAUUUUAUUCAACAUCCAGAAUACAUUACGGAAUGCAAGAUUGCUUGCAAAAGGCCUCCUCUGCAACUUGGAGGAAAAAUUACUGGAUAUUAACACUGAACCCCUCGGAAAUUAUAUAAACAUGUUAAAGUGGGUGGGAAAGCAACUUAAAAGAUACUUUACUGAUUUUGAACUAGUGAAGUACCACACAGAUUUUAAGCUUAAGGCAAAGGUUGACUCGGAACACUUUAAAGUUCACCUUGCCGAGGCUGAACGUAUCUUAAACCAGACGGCACAAAGUGUGCUAGCUCUGACCAACGCUUUGUCCUCUGCAGGACAGAUAAUGUCUCCAACAUUAGGUCUUCUCAUGCUAGUGCUUCUCACUGCUUUAUACCUGAGACGAUUCCAUGUAGACAAAAAGUACAGCAACGUAUACAUCACAAAAAAGUUUCUAUGGUUUGAUGAGCAGCAAAAGAAGGACGGAAAACCUUGUGUGCUACCACUUACUAAAAUCGAACUAGAAAGUUACACAGUGACUCCGUCCAUCUGGAUGACGGGCCAGCGGUGGAAAGACAUGCUUAAGUUCAGCAUUCCCAUAUUCACCCACUGUCUGACCUGGCUGGUGUUCAUCGGUCUGGACAGCCUGAUUUACUGGCUUAUUGUAGUUCUGAGCAAGCGGCUCGGGGAAUUGGAGCCACUUCAUGUUCCCAUGGGGAUUAAAGUUCAGGAAGCAACAUCAAUUAUAGGUCUACAUAUUGAUGAAAACGCAAAAGUGGCAAACUUUUCAUACACAGUGUCUCUGUUUGAGAAGAAGUGCUUGCCUGAACCUGAACUGUGGCUCAACAGAUCUCUGGUUCCUCUGUCUCUCGUCCUGGUGUUGCUGCUUCUUCUGAGCUUGUUGUCAUCACAGCUGGUCCAGUUCAGAGUUCUGCUGUCUGAGCAGUUUUUCUCAGAUGUCGCUGAGCAAAGAGCCGCCUUUCUACAUGCAAAGAUUUUAAGACAGCGAUGCAAAUGUAAAGCGGAGGAAAUUCAAGGAGGUCAAAACACUUUGGCCAUGCAGGUUGGUAUCCUUUAUUUUACUGUAAGCAGGAACUUGUUCACUGUGACAAUAUCAAUGCACAUAAUUGAGCUUUGUGACUAA